AUGUCCAAAGAGGUGAGCGGGAAGCUUUCAAAUCGUGUCAUGAACAUGAAGUUCAUGCGCCAGGCAGAGCAUGCCGAGGAAGAGGCUAAGGAGGAACAGAAAGUGCGUCAAUUAGUGGACUCGAGCGAAUGGACCCUCGCAGGACGUGACAAGAUCGCAACAAAGCUACGGUCGCAACCCAGUACUAUCAGUCAUACGGGAUUGCGUGGAGAAGGACAGCAUGAAGCUAGUGUUGGGCGCCGUAAAUUUGGACAAAAGCCUGUCCCUCAAUCUGAGAAACCAUCACAAGAGACACUGGAUGAUCUUUGGGAGGCGCAGAAGCAGCAGCAAUCUGACAAAAGUAGCAAACGUAAGCGUGGGUCCGAAGAAUUGGAACCUGAGAAACGCCAGAAAGGCACCAAAAAUGCCAGGAAUGAGCAAGAGCACAAGCCUGAGCUCAAAGGUGAGCGUGAGCCCGCUGUGGGAUCUAAAAAUACGAAUCAAAAUACACGUACGUAUGAUAUAACGGAAUGCUAG